UGCGUACAGCGAGCAGCAAUGGAGGAUUCUGCUUCUUCGUCCGAGUAGAAACCCGAAUUUAUACCUGUAAUAAAGCACUGAGCAUUCGGAAAAGCAAUCGGUGACUAUUUCCUCAGCACACCAGUCUGAAAUUCUGCCAAAAUGGCUUUGGACUCAGGAUCUCAGAAUCCUGGCUCCAAAGGCAUUAUGACCUUCUACCCCACGAGGGAGGAGUUUAAGAACUUCAGCCGCUACAUCGCCUACAUGGAGUCACAAGGAGCACACAGAGCAGGCCUGGCAAAGAUCGUUCCCCCCAAGGACUGGAAGCCCAGGCGCUCGUACGACGACAUCGACGACCUGGUGAUCCCGGCCCCCAUCCAGCAGGUGGUGACGGGACAGUCUGGCCUCUUCACCCAGUACAACAUCCAGAAGAAGCCCAUGACCGUGCGCGAGUUCCGCAAGACCGCCAACAGCGACAAGUUCUGUAGUCCCCGCUAUGUGGAUUUUGAGGAGCUGGAGAGAAAGUACUGGAAGAAUCUGACAUUUAACGCCCCUAUUUACGGGGCAGAUGUAAAUGGGACUCUCUAUGACCCUGAUGUGUCGGAGUGGAACAUCGGCCACCUGCACACCAUCCUGGACACCGUUGAGAGGGACAGCGGGAUAACCAUAGAGGGGGUGAACACGCCCUACCUGUAUUUCGGCAUGUGGAAGACCACCUUCGCUUGGCACACUGAGGACAUGGACCUCUACAGCAUCAACUACCUGCACUUCGGGGAGCCAAAGUCCUGGUACUGUGUCCCACCUGAGCAUGGGAAAAGGUUGGAACGUCUGGCCAAAGGCUUUUUCCCUGGAAGUUCGCAAAACUGUGAAGCGUUUCUCAGACACAAGAUGACCUUGAUCUCUCCCUCCAUCUUGAAGAAGUAUGGCAUUCCAUUUGAAAAGAUCACUCAGGAAGCAGGCCAGUUCAUGGUGACGUUCCCCUACGGCUACCACGCUGGCUUUAACCACGGGUUCAACUGUGCCGAGUCCACUAACUUUGCCACUCAGCGCUGGAUCGAAUACGGCAAGCAGGCCAUUCUGUGCUCUUGCAGGAAGGACAUGGUGAAGAUCUCCAUGGACGUGUUCGUGCGCAAGUAUCAGCCUGACCGCUACAAACUGUGGAAGGCGGGGAAGGACAACCUGCCCAUCGACCACUCCAAGCCCACGCCCGAGGCGGCCGAGUUCCUGGGGUACGAGGGCGGGGCGCUGGCCGCCUGCCAGGACUGCAGCGAAGACAGCCGCUGCUGCGAGGGCGAGAAGAAGAGCGUGUGCAAACAGAGGAUAGGGACGAAGAGGCAUCGAGUGUGUCUGGAGGUGCCCGCGGAUGUGCUCUCAAAGGAAGAGGGUUCGGAGGAGGAGGAGGAGGAGGAGGGGGCGGGGAAAAGGGCCCGGCUGUCAGGAGCUGUGGAGGGCCGAGAAGAUGCAGACGUGUCCGUCCGUGCCGAGCUGAAGCUGGAGGAUGCGGUGAAGGAGCUGUCCAGCAUGGAGCUCUACACCGCAGGCGAGAAGCACACCCACAGCCCCAAGCGCAGGGACAACGGCGGCCCCUGCCCUCUGUCCCGGAUCCCUCCCCAAAACGGCGGGGACUCCCUCCCUCCCCCCAAACCGGGCGUGGCCAGCCUGCUGUUCCACAGGACACUGAGCCCCACAGACGCCCUGCACGUCCACAGCUACGCCAAGGGGGACCGCUGCGGGGAGCAUUCCCUCAGGAAGGAGGAGAGGACGCCGGAAACGGAGGCCACCAAACCGGCCAAAGCCAAGCAGGGGGCAGAGGUGGAGGCGGAAUGCAAGAACAUGAAGAGCAAACGGCUGCCGCUCAGCAAGCUGCCCCGCCUCCACCCGCUGAUCCGGGACUGCGUCAGCGAUGAUGAGCUGCAGGACCCGGCGGCCGAUGAUGAUGCGGUCGAGGGGGAGGAGACGGAGGAGACGGAUCCCUGGGCCAAACCCCUGUCCCAGCUGUGGCAGAAUAAACCACACAACCUGAAGGCGGAGAAGGAGUACAACCACCGCAUGGGCCUGCAGGCCCCCUACUGCGCCGUCUGCAUGCUCUUUCAGACAUACCAGCAGUCAGAGUACAGCUCCAGCAGUCAGAGGUGUGUGGAGCCGCUGGGCGACCCGCCGAAGUCCACGCCCCUGAUUCCGGAGAUGUGCUUCACCACCACAAACAACUCGGAGGUGCACUUCUCCACCCCCUACCUGGAGGAGGACGGUACCAGCCUGCUGGUCAGCUGUUCCCAGUGCUGCGUGCGCGUGCACACGAGCUGCUAUGGAGUUCCCCCCGAGAAUGUAGUGGACGACUGGAAGUGUGCCCGCUGUGAAGCCAAUGCCGUGACCGAGGACUGCUGUCUGUGUUCACUGAGGGGAGGAGCUCUCCACAGAGCAAACAAUGACAAGUGGGUCCAUGUCCUGUGCGCGGUGGCCGUGCUGGAGGCGCGAUUCGUGAACCUGGCCGACCGCAGCCCUGUGGAUCUCAGCGGGAUUCCGCUGCAGAGGUUUAAGCUGAAGUGUCAGUACUGUAAGAAGCGCAUGAUGAAGGCGGCGGGGUGCUGUGUGCAGUGCUCUCACGGCCGCUGCCCCACAUCCUUCCACGCCACCUGCGCCCAGGCGGCCGGUGUCCUCAUGCAGCCGGACGACUGGCCCUUCGUCGUCUACGUCACCUGCUGGCGGCACAAAGGGUCCGUGCACGGAGCGCGUAACAAGGCCGCAAUGCGGGAACUGGAGGUGGGACAGAAGGUGAUCUGCAAGCACAAAAACGGGCGCUACUACCAGUGCGAGGUGGUGCAGCUCACCAAGGCCACCUUCUACGAGGUCAUCUUCGACGACGGCUCCUUCAGCGACAACCUCUUCCCCGAGGACAUCGUGAACCGGGACUGUGUGCAGCUGGGUCCGCCACCAGAGGGAGAGGUCGUACAGGUGCGCUGGACAGAUGGCCUGCUCUACGGAGCCAAGUUUGUGGCAGCUCACAUCAUCCCAAUGUACCAGGUGGAGUUUGAGGAUGCAUCACAGCUAACAGCUAAGAGGGAUGACGUCUACACGCUGGACGAGGAGCUGCCAAAGAGGGUCAAGAGCAGACUGUCUGUGGCGUCGGACAUGCGAUUCGACGGCAUCUUCGCCGAGAAGGAGGUCAAGCGGGACUCCAAAAGGCAGCGGGUGAUCAACUCCCGCUACAGGGAGGACUACAUCGAGCCUGUGAUCUACAGGGCCAUCAUGGAGUGACCGCUCCCUGCCCAGGAACACACACACACACACCUGCUCCACCAGAGAGCCACCAGCACUGACGUUUGGGACAGUUACCCUGUAAACCUUAACUUAUUGGCUGAGCCAAAGGCACCCUGGGAGGGGGGGGAUUGUGGGGGGGUGGAAGCUGCCGUAGAAGUCCGGCGUCCUUGGUUUGCAUUUAAUGCACGCUGCAUUAAUGAUGUGGCUUUUCCUUACCGAUGUCAGGAUCUGAGUUCACAUUGAAAUACAUUUUUCCGUCUUUUUGUUUUUUCUUCUUCUUGUUUUUGCCUCUGUGGAUACCGACACGCAAUGGAAGGAUGCACUGAAAAGUAAGCACUGUCACAAGGUCGGCCAGACCUUCGAGGGCAGGGCGGCGCACGGUGGACCUCUCUCCUGUUCGGACAUUACAGCUCUGUUUCUGUCUUCUGUUUCAUAGCGUAACGUCACCUGCUGUCGGCUGAAUCAUCUUAUUUAUUUUUCUCUUCAGGGUGCUACUUCUGCCAUUGUACGGUACAACAAAAGUGCCAUUUUUGUUAGCAUUAAACUUGCUGAUCUAAACUAUUGACAGUUGAUUGCAUUCAGGAAUGGUAUCCUCACAGGACAUUAGUCAGUAGCAAGGUUUUGUUGUUGAAUUUUUUUUUUUUUUUACCUGGUGAUGGUUACCUGCAUUAAAUCUUGCAAUAUUGAAAUUAAGCAUGGGGCAGAUGAAGUCAUGCUUUGUAUUAGUGACUGUGUGACUGGCUGGGACUUCAGAUCUGAUAAGCUGUGUAGCGCUGCUUCCUUUUCUGAAGAUCAGCUGUGAAAGUCUGGCCUUAGGCCCAUCCGUCACCUUCUCUUGUAUUGAGUUAUGUUAAUCAAAGCUUCUGUUUGAAUUACCUGUUAAUUUAAGUUUAUUUGAUGCAAUGUUUUUACAUUAGCCUGCUGCAUUUACAGUGUCACU